CGGACGCACUCAGAACGGCGAGCCUCCUCGUCUCAACGGACACGUUCGCAACGGCCAUGGCUCUCAUCCCGAGUCCACCUCCGACGGGUCCACCACUCCUCUCAACGGCUUCGCGACACCCCUUUCAACGAAUGGGUCCCUCAACGGAGACGCAAAACCCCUCGCGGGCAUGCCCAUCGCCGUCAUCGGAAUAUCCGUGCGCGCCGGCUCCGCCUCAACCCCCGAUGAGUUCUUUGAGAUGCUAUCCCGAGGACGAAGCGCAUUCUCCUCAGAAAUACCACCCGAGCGCUUCAACAACGCCAGCUUCUACCAUCCGAACGCCGGGAAGCUCGGCUGCAUCAACACCAAUGGUGCAUGCUUCAUCCAGCAAGACAUCACCAAAUUCGAUGCACCCUUCUUCAGCAUCACUGAGCUCGAGGCGACUUCGAUGGAUCCCCAGCAACGACUCCUGUUAGAAUGCGCCUUCGAAGCGCUCGACAACGCUGGAAUCCCAAAGCACAAGACGGUUGGGAAAGAUAUAGGUGUCUUUAUCGGCGCCGGUUCUCCCGAAUAUGAGUUCGACCUGUUCAGGGACUCGGAUACUAUGCCCAUGUUUCAAGCAACCGGAAACCACCUGGCCAUGCAAUCCAACAAAAUCAGCCAUUUCUUUGACUGGCGCGGCCCAAGCGUAACAAUGGACACCGCAUGCUCCUCUUCCCUGACGGCGGUUCACUUUGCUUGCCAGAGCAUACGCAACCGCGAAUCCGACGUCGCAUUGGUUGGCGGCUGCAAUCUGAAUCUGAUACCCGAGUUUUUCAUUAAUUAUUCCACGUCCAGACUAUUGGGCAAUGACGGCAAAUCCUUCUCCUUCGAUGCGCGAGGUACCGGAUAUGGCCGUGGUGAGGGAUGCGGCAUGAUCCUCCUGAAGCCGCUUGAUCAAGCCAUCAAGGACAACGACUAUAUCCGAGCCGUUAUCGCCGCGAGUGGUGUCAACCAGGACGGCUACACACCCGGUAUCACGAUGCCAAAUGGAGAAUCCCAGGAAUCCCUCGUGAGAGCAAUCUACCAGAACGCCGGGCUCGAUCCCGCGCAGACCGGCUACAUAGAAGCCCACGGCACCGGCACGCGGGUCGGCGAUCCCAUUGAAGUCACCGCGCUGCACAACGUGUUCAACGAAAAACGAACAACACGGAAUCCUCUCUAUCUUGGCUCCGUGAAGUCCAACAUUGGCCAUCUUGAAUCUGCAUCGGGUAUCCUGGCCGUGAUCAAGACUGCUGUGAUGAUGGACCGAGGCUUCGUCCUACCGAACUACGACUUCAAGCUCGGAAACCCCAAGAUCCCCUUCGCUGAAUGGGGAUUGAAGGUUCCAAUCAGACAGAUGCCAUGGCCGAGAGGCAAGCGCUUCGCAAGCAUCAACAACUUUGGCUUCGGCGGAACCAAUGCACACGUCGUCAUGGAGAGAGCACCAGUUCGGACAAAAAACGACAAUGGUACCUCAGGUUCGAAAGAAGCUCCGGCGAAGAAGCUAUAUGUUCUGUCCGCAGCAGACAAGGUCGCCUGUCAGACUCUCAUGAGCAACUUGGGUGUCUACCUGGAGCAAAGACCCGAGAUGUUCCAGAGAGAUCUCAUGAGCAAUGUCGCCUACACUCUGGGCCAACGCAGAUCCCUUCUGCCAUGGAGAGUAGCCGUCCCGGCCACAGAGUCUUUCGAUCUAGUCGAGAAAAUAUCCAAGGGCACCAUAAAUCCCGUCAAGGAGACCGGCCACAGUCCAAGAAUUGGUUUCGUCUGCACUGGUCAGGGAGCACAGUGGUGGGCAAUGGGCCGUGAGCUAUAUGAACGAUACCCGAUCUUCACUCAAGUCAUCGACGACGCGAGCGCUAUCCUCACCGAGCUAGGUGCACCGUACACUCUGGUGGAAGAACUGAGCCUUGAUGAGAAGACCACCCGGGUUAACCAGGCACACAUCAGCCAGCCUGCUUGCACUGCCAUCCAACUAGCUUUGAUCGAGCUGCUCCGCUCCUGGGGUAUCGUGCCAACCGCCGUCAUUGGCCAUUCUUCUGGAGAAAUCGCCGCCGCAUACGCAGCUGGUAUCUUGUCGGUUCAAUCUUCAAUGGAGAUUGCGUAUCACAGAGGUCGCCUUGUUCCUGUGUUGAAGGAGAGGUAUCCCGACCUGCAGGGUACAAUGCUAGCCAUUGGCUGCGGCAAGGAGGAGAUCGAUCCGCACCUCCAGCAGCUGAGCCAGAGGGAGGCUAGAAUAGCGUGCUACAACAGCCCUCAGAGUUUGACUAUCUCUGGAGACACGCCAGCCAUCGUCGAGCUAUCACAGAUUCUCGAAGAGAAACAGAUUUUCAACAGGAAGUUGGUGAUCGAGACGGCAUACCACUCUCAUCAUAUGGAGUUGAUAGCUGAAGACUAUCUCGAUUCGAUCACACAUCUGCCAGCUCCUGAGAGAUCCGAUGUUCGCUUCUUCUCGUCGUUGACUGGAAAAGAGGCAUCCCACUCGGAACUCGACUCAACCUACUGGGUUCGCAACUUGACCAGCCCAGUCAAAUUCGCUCAGGCCCUCGCGCACCUAGUCGCACCUUCCGGGGGUCAUUCGACUGGAGUUGACAUCAUCGUCGAGAUCGGUCCUCAUUCAGCGAUGCAGGGUCCAAUUAAACAGACCCUGAAGACUGUCGGUGGCGCUGUGGAGAAGAUCCCGUACGCACCAAGUCUCGCCAGAAAGAAAGAUGCCGUCGACACCAUGCUGGACCUUGCCUCGACGCUCUUCUGCAAGGGCAGCCACUUGGACCUCGCAAACGUUAACUUCCCAAAAAUGACCAAGAUGCCGAGCCUCCUAGUCGAUCUUCCCCGAUAUCCCUGGAACCACUCCAACAGCUACUGGCACGAGUCACGCAUCGCCCGAGUGCACAAGAACAGGGAAUUCCCGCGCCACGACAUCCUCGGCACGCUCGCCAACUACUCGAACGAUCUAGAGCCGACAUGGCGAAAUAUCGUCCGCGUAGACGAUCUCCCAUGGCUCCGUCACCACAGGAUCCAAUCCCUGACCAUCUUCCCAAUUUCCGGUUUCUUGGGAAUGGCGAUCGAAGCGGCUGCUCAACAGGCCAAGUCUAAGGAUAUUGAUGUGGGCCAAAUCGAACUCCGCGAUGUAACCGUGCACACGCCGCUCAUGAUUCCGGACGAAAGUGUCGAGUUGACUAUCGCACUGCGUUCUCCACAGGCCGCAGACGUUAGCGUCACCCAGAUGACGAGCAACUUCCUCAUCCACUCGUACUCGGCGAGCAAGGGCUGGACAGAGAACUGCACCGGUACCGUCACCGUGAAGACGAACGAGCUCAACGAAGUGGACGGGCAGGCACAAAUCAAGCGACGUGCAGCAUCUCUUGCAGAGAAGGUCUCCGAAAUCGAGAAGACUACGUUCACGGUGUCGCAACCGCACAUCUAUAAAGCUCUUGCGGAUCUCGGCGUGGCUUACGGUUCGACCUUCCAAGGGCUUACGGACUGCCGUGCGGAUGCGAAACAAGCCAUAGCGACCAUCACCGUCCCCGACACUGCUUCCGAGAUGCCAGAACACUUUGAGACGAAGCAUAUUGUGCAUCCAUCGUUCCUGGAGCAGCUUAUCCAGAUGUACUGGCCAGUCCUUGGUGCUGGGCGGAUUCCUAUUGACGUCGUCUGUCUCCCGGCAUCAAUCGGCAGGCUCACGGUGUCUCCCAAGAUCUUGGAACAUGCCAGUUCCCCAGGGCAGAGCCUUCGGUCCUACUGCACAACGGCGAAGCCGCUCUCGAUCCAGAAGCCCAGCAAGGUUUCCAUGUUCGCCACUGCUGGUGGAGAAGCCAUACUCAGCAUUGACGAUCUGACGAUCGCCCCGCUCCCAUCAACCGACACGGACGGUAACGUCCAGUCUGCUAGGGAGCUGUGCUACAAGCAGGUCUGGGAACCGAUUCUGGAGCCGCUCAAGCAAAGCCAGGACAUCAAAAUAGACAGCCCGCAUACGGAGAAUCUCCUCAAUGGGACCACUCUGCCGACCACGCCAAUCUCGAUUAUUCAUGGGACAUCGCCGUCUCAACUGGAACUUGCUCGAAUGCUGGCUGCAUCAAUCGAAAGCCUUACCAACGCAAAGGUCGACCUUGGUGCACUUGAGGACAUCGACUCUAACGGCAAGCAUCUCCUCUGCAUAACAGAGCUCGACCAAUCCAUCCUCCCCACCCUAACCGGGACCCAGUUGGUAGCUCUACAGACCCUAGUGCGAAGCUCACAAGGACUCCUCUGGGUGACGAGGGGCGCAUAUGGCCAGAACGGCGACCCCACGGCCAACAUGGUCUCAGGACUCAGUCGCGCCAUUCGCUCCGAGAGCAUGUACAAGUUUGCGACCCUAGAUCUCGACGCAGAGAAAAGGCUUGACGAUACGUCCGCCAUUCAAGCAAUCCUCAAAGUCUUCACGACCGUAAUGAGCGCCAGUACCAUUGCCAACACAGAGAUGGAGUUCCAGGAGCGCAAGGGCGAGUUCUGGACACCGCGCAUCCUGAACGACGACGUCGCCAAUGAGUACGUGCAUCGGAAGAUCUUCCCUCCGGCUGUUGAAGAGACCAAGUUCGGCAGCAACGCACGCGCCCUGAAAAUGGCUAUAUCGACCCCUGGAAUGUUCGACUCCCUCCACUUCGUCGAUGACGAGCUACGAGGGAAGGCGCUAGCCGCCGACCAGAUCGAAAUUCAAGUCAAGGCGGUUGCACUGAACGCGAGAGAUGUGUACGCUGCCACCGGCCAGGUCGAUGCUUCAGGAUUGGGAGAAGAGUGCAGUGGUAUUAUCAGCCGCGUGGGAAAGGAUGUAAGGAACUUCGCUGUCGGAGAUCGCGUUGCGGCAAUCGCCCAAGCAGCUUUCGCUACUUAUGCUCGAACGAAUGCGGACUUCGUACUAAAGGUCAGCGCGGACAUCUCCUUCGAAGAGGCAGCAAGCCUACCUUUAGCUCAGUGCUCGGCGCACUAUAGUUUGAUCGAUCUCGCACGGCUAGAAGAUGAAGAGAGCGUGCUCGUCUUGAAUGGCGCAGGCCCCAUGGGCCAAGCGGCGAUUUCCCUAGCUCAAACGAUCGGCUCGACAGUCUUCACGACGGUUGAGACUGCCGAAGACAAGCGUGUCUUGAUGAAGGAGUUUGAGCUUCCCGAAGACCACAUUUUCUACAGCAAAGACGACCAACUCUCCAGCUCAAUCCUCCGAGCAACUGGCAAUCGCGGUAUCGAUGUUGUGCUGAGCAUACAGGCAGAUGCCAGUUGCAUCCAGUCCGCUCUGAAAUGCCUCACCGAGUUCGGCAGAUUUAUCCGCGAAGAGACGGGCGAUUUGUCAAGCAAAGCCAAGCUCGAUUUGUCAGGCUUCAACGGCAACACAGCUUUCUUCUCCUUCGACCUUCACAACCUGGCGACACGCAAGCCCCGUGUGUUGCGGCGUUUAGUUAGCGAUGUGUCUAGGUCCUUGAAAUACGGGAAGUUGAGGCCCAUCCAAGCCGCCAGCGUCAUGUCCAUCGCCGAAGUGGCACAGGCCUUCAAGCUUGCUCGAUCAGCACCGUCCAGCAGCAAGAUCGUCGUUGUUCCGCACCACGACGAUAUCGUCAAGACCACGCCCUCCAGGGAAGUCGUCAGACUGUUCAAAGAGGAUGCGACGUACAUCUUGAUCGGCGGUACCGGAGGCCUGGGCCGGGGCAUGACGAGAUGGAUGGCUGCCAAAGGUGCAAAGCACAUGGUGCUCCUAUCCCGGAGCGGAAGCGUAACCGGACCUGUGAAGACCUUGGUCGACGACUUAGCUCCUUUGGGCGUCAAUAUCGUCGUGCAUAGUUGCAAUGUCACGAAGCGGGCGGAUGUCGAUACGCUUUUGCACACGAAACUGGCGGGACUGCCACCUAUCAGAGGUGUUAUCCACGGAGCAAUGGUCCUCAGAGACAAGCUGUUCGAUAGUCUAGAGCCGAAUGAUUGGACCGAUGUCAUUGAGUCCAAGGUCCAGGGCGCCUGGAACUUCCACAACGCGUUGGAGUCCGUUCCUCUUGACUUCUUCAUCGUGUACUCCUCGUCCGCUGCCGCCAUGGGAGGUCGUGGCCAGACCGCUUACGCAGCUGCAAACGGAUUCCUCGAUGCUUUCGCACAGUAUCGGCGCUCACUCGGCUUGCCCGGCGCGUCGCUCGGGCCAACCGCCGUUUCGGAUUCCGGAUUCCUCUUCGAGAACUCUGACCUGUGGAACGACAUCCAAAGAAACAUCGGCGACAACCGCAUCAGCGAAGCCGAAGUGCUCUCACUGCUAGAAUCCACUCUCGACGGCACCGCAGAGGCAAGCUGCAACAACCAUAUCCUCACCGGGUUGCACCUCGAUCCUCUGAAUCCGCAAUUCUGGGCUACCGACGCCAAGUACAAGCACCUGCGUCUCGCAGCCGAAGCCACAGCCGCUCUUCUCAACGACGGUAGCAAGUCCGUGUCCUGGAACUCAGCGCUCAAAGCCGCUGAGUCGCUGCCGGAGGCCGAACAGGUUGUGUGCGAUGGGCUUGUCGAGAAGAUAGCCAAGACCGUGGGCCUUGAGCCGGAAGAGAUGGAUCCGACGAGAAACCUUUCGAACUACGCCCUGGACUCGCUGACUGCGAUCGAUGUGAGGAAUUUCAUCACCAGAGAGUUUGAGUCGACUAUGCAGGUCCUCGAAUUGCUGGCCAGUGGAACUAUCCAGACGCUGGCAAAGGCCGUGUGCGCGAAGAGCAAGUUGUUGAAGUUUACGGGUUGAGUGAGGAUGAGGAGAUGCUGAAAGAUAAGGAUGUCGGCGCGCGGCCUGCUGCUGCACCCGGCCACCCCUGUCUCGACGGCUUCCCGACGGGUUUCGCGGACAAGUUUCCCCUUCCGCACGUUUUUGCAUGUGACUCUCUCUAGAUUUCCGCUGUUUCAUUGGUGUGGCGUAUUCUUUUGAUCUUUAUCCUUCUGGCUUCGACGAGGAAGGGUCACUUCCGUUACAUAGGU